AUCUAGUUUAUGCUUGCUUGAGUGUGUGUGUGUGUUCGUAAUAAAGAGAAAAGGAGAGAGGCUUUUCUUUUGUUGAUACACAGUGUGCUUAUGUGUAUGUGUGCUUGUCUGUGCCUCUCAAAUUGUGACGAAAUGUGUAUAAAAUGUUUAUGUUUAUGUUUUUCCCCAACCCCUCACACACGGACACAUUCAAACAUUUAGGCGCCGCACAAGUUUCGAGUGAAAAGCGAUCGGGAGAAACAACAAUAAAAACACAGAAAUAAAAGUGGAUCCCCAAAAUAAAAUAAAUAACAACAACAAGAAGACAAAUCUAAAGCAUCGAGAAAACCGUAAUUAAAGGUCGGCAGAUGGGCGGCCAACGGAUUUUCGUGCCCUCCGCUGGCCACUUCUCCCAUGAUUGUUGUUGUUGCAGUUGCAGCAGUUCCCGUUGUUGCAGUUGUUAUUGCAAUUGCUGUUGCAGUUGCAACGGAAAAGCGGACGCAGCACAGUGAGUGCGAGCGGGAGGGCAAGCGAGCCCCAAUCAAAGGUGCGAGUGAGAGAGCAUUUCGAAAUGGUCUCGAAGAAGCGUUCCAAUGCCGCCGAGCGUGUGCAACGCUCAACGGCAACUGCGGCAGCGGCGGCGGCAGCAGCAGCGGCCGCAUCCACAACGCAGGGCAAGAAGCGCCCCGGCAAACAGACGAAAUCCUCCUCCAACGCUGGCGGCGAAGAAGCGGAGGACAAGAAGAAGUUGGAUGCCACAGCAACAACAACAACAACAACAUCAGCAGCUGGUUCUGCAGGAUCCAAGAAGCCCCAAAAGGAUUCGACGGCAUCAUCAUCAUCAGCCAAUGAAAGCAGCAAACCCACUCCAUCCACUUCAUCUGGAUUGAAACUGUCGCCCGAGGAGCGACAUGAAGAUGGCAAGGCGCGCGCCAUAAACAAGAUGCUCAAGAGUCUGGACAUCAAGAUCCACGGAUUCGAUAACCUGCUGCCCAGCGGCGAGGAGCGACUCAACGAGGGUGUCCUCAAGUCCUCGAUAUCGGAGAAUGUCAAGACCAAAUCCCGAGCAGCGGCGGUCAAGGUGAUAUCCAAUUUGAAUCCCAUUAAGAUGCCCACUGUGAAGCGGGUUCGUCCUUCGCCGGAACCGGUUAAGGAAAAGUCCGUGGCGGAAAAGCCAGCGGCCGAGAAGCUUUCCGAGAAGGAGAAACCCAAAACGGAGCAGGAAAGUAGCCAGCCAAUUGCCGACGAUUCGAUAUCCGUGAAGUUGCCACAAAAAAAGAGCCUGCAGCAGGCCAAAACGAAGCUGGAGUCCACACAAACAUCCAGUGCUGCAGGUUCCUCAUCUGCAAGUUCCGCAACCACCAAGCAAACAACAACAACAACAACAGCAGCGGCUGCUAAGAAUCCUGGCAAGAAACAGGAGCAACCGAAAAAGGAGCCACCACCGAAGCCCGGCAAAGUGGGCAAACCAAAAAGGACGUUGGCAAUGAAGAACGCUUCGCGUUUACCCGAUUCCAAUACGGAAUCCGUGCAAAUGGAGCUGGAGGAGAUUGUGGGCACGCCGACGGCAACGCCAACGCCCUCGGCCACGCCCACAGUGACACCAACGCCCACAGCUACGCCCGCUGUGACGCCCACGCCCAUGACAGUCGCACGCACACGAACACCCACGCCCACAUCCACAUCCGCAAUCACUGCCACGGAAUCGGGAAAUCCCAAUCCGCCACCACCACCACCGCCGCCCUCAGCCACCGCCGGGGGAUCCCUGGGUGCCCCAAAGCAGCGGCCCAAGGUGAAGUACACCAAGACGUCGGCGGGAUCGAAGGGUCGAUUGCAGAGUGCGUCGCACCAAAAGGCGCCAGCUGCCUCGUGGAGCGGCGCCAAGGAUAUCUACGACUUCAAGUCGGGAUCGGAGGACGAGGAGCCCAUCAAAAUGGUGCUGCCUUCGCUCAAGGAACUGCGCGAGUUCUCCGAUGAGGAUAACAAGCCUCUCAAGCUCUUCGAGAAGGCCAAAAAUCCUGCGAGUGAAGAUCAGGAUCAAACGUCAAUCAAAAAGGAGGAGAAACCAACGAUUGAAAAGGAGCUUAAACCGAAGGUGAGCAAGGAAAAGGAAAAGGAGAAGGAGAAGGAAAAGGAAGUGGAUCCUUUGAGCCAAGCACAACAGUCCGAACCAACAGUUAAGAACACUGCUCCACCACCACCAACAACAACAACAACAACAGCAGCAGCAACAACGGGUAAAAAGCAGGCCAAAAGGAAACUGAACACUCCAACUCCAUCGGUGAAGAAGAAAAAGCCGGCGGGAAAAGCGGGAAAAGCCAGUGCGGCGGCAAAGGAGCCGCCGCCUGCGAGCGGAAGUUCCGCGGAGAGUAGCUCCUCCGAGGACGAGCGCAAGCUGAGUGCCUACAGUGGACCCAAGCGGCACAGGAUGGCCUCGCUAAAUGCGCUGGCGAAAGUGCAAUGUCUCUACGAAAACGAAUCCAGAACGGCGCAUGAAUUGGGCUUAUCGAAGGCCACCCAACAGCCACCGAGGAUACGAACACUGGAUGGCAGCGACGAGGAUAACCACAAGGAUUCGCCGGACAGGGACAAGGGAUCCGUGAGUCCGCCGCACGCCAGUGCUGCUCCUUCCGCCAGUUCAAGUGCUCCUCCCAAGGAAGUCGAACCCCGCCGGGAAUUGCGAUAUGUUCCCGGCGGUCGAGGAGUUGGAAAACACUGGGAAUUCGAUAGCGACAGCGAAACGGAGGAGCUACCAAUUCAGCAGCCCUUGCCGGCGGUUAAGAAGAAGAAGCUGCCCAAGAAGACGCCGCCGAAGAAGGCGACCGCCAAUGAAACGGAAGCCAAGCGAAAGAAGAAGGUCCAAAUCGAGGAGAGCGACGAGGAGGAGGCCAAGGAAAAGGAGAAGGAGAAGGAGAAGCCGAAGCCACCCAAGCAGCUGCCCAAGAAGCGGAAGACCGCCUUCACCGAGGAACUGAUCGGCGAUUACAAGGGCAUCCUGGCCAGAAAGCGAAUGGCCAGCCUGAAUGCCAGCGCCAUCGUGGCCGCCACCUACGAGGUGGAGCGUCACCUGGACAAGAAUCUCGCCAGCGAUUGCAGCAGUUUCGAGAGCUACGAUGAACUGGACACCAUGCCCACAACCACCACAAAGGCAACGCCAGCGACGCCGAUCAAAGCCGAGUUGGUUCACAUCAAGAAGGAGCCCAAGGAGUCCAGGGAAUCGGCGAGGGAGCGCGAAAGGGAAAGGGAGUUCGAGCGGCGGCGAGAGAACGAGCUGAAGGACUCAACGGCUGGGAAGAUCCAGUCCAGCCAUUCGAUCAUCGAGGAGAGCAACGAUUCCAAGUACUCGAAGGAAACGAAGGAGACGAACACGGACACCACCAUCACGACCACUGGCUAUCGGGACUCGGCGGCCAGCACCAAGGACGCCAAGGACUGCAGUCGACCCACCUCCUCGUCGGUGGUCAUCGUCCAGGACACGGACGUCACCAUCACCGGCGUGUAUGUGAAUGCGAGCAACGGCGCCGCCCAGGAGGCCUACUGCAAGAUGCAGUACCGCGUCCAGUCGAGCGUCACCGAGGAGCGGCUCCUGCGCCCGGGAUCCGUGGAGCCGCCCAAGUCCUACACCCCGCUGAGUGCCCUCUCCAGCAUGUUGCCACCAGGAGCCAGUUCCGGGCUCAGUGAAGCUCACAGUUCGCCGCCGCUGCCCGUUCAUGCGGCGCCGACGGGACCGCAUGUCCUGUUGCCCGGCGAGCACCUGAGCGCCGGGAUGUACCACGCCCCCGAUCUCGGCCUGCACACGGAGCACGCUCUGCCCGAGCACCAUGGGCCGCCGCCGCCCUCCUAUGCUGCUGCUGCUGCAGCGGCCGCAGCUGCCGCCGCCUACCACGCCCACCAGCUGGCGCCGGGAGGCGGUGGCGUGCUGCACAUGCACCACCAGCAUCAGUACGCCGCCCAUGCGGCACACGCCCAUCACUAUCAGCAGGCGGCGGAGUAUCACGUUGGACCGCCGCCACCGCACCAUUACGGCGGACCACCGCCGCCGCCCCAAGGUCACUAUGGUCCGCCGCCGGGAGCAGCGGUACCGGUGCCGCUGUCCGUUCCCGUGCCCGUUUCCAAUCCGGUGAGCGUUCAGGAUGCACGCUGCGAUGUCGGCUCACCGCCGCCCUCGUACCGCGCCAGUGCCUAUCCGCCGCCGUCGAGUGUGGGCAUGCCACCGCCCACCUUGGGCGGCGGCUCGAGCGCCUUCUGCGCCCCCAGUCCGCUGCACCACCACCAGCAUCAGCACCAGCAGCCGGGACCAGGACCGCCGCACCACGAUCCCAGUGGCUAUUAUCAGCCGGCUGGACCGCUGAUCUCGCCGCAUGUGAUCGCCGCCCCGCCGCCGCCGCCGCCACCAUCCGUUGCGCAGGUGAAGAAGCUGCAGGAGGAGGACGGUGCCACGCCCACCACUGCCGUCGGUUCGCCGACGCAGCAGUUGCAGCAACACCAGGCGGCCGUCGCUGCCGAGGCAGCCGCAGCAGCAGCAGCAGCAGCAGCGGCAGCAGCAGCGGCUGAGCAUUCGCACGCGCACGUCGUCCACGGCCACAAUCCGCAGCAGCAGCAACAGCAGCAGCAGGGGCAACAUCCGCAGCCGGGGCAGCAGGGGCAACCUCAACCGUAUCCGGCCAGCGCCGUGGCGGCAGCAGCAGCGGCAGCAGCCGCCCACCAGGGCGUGCCCUAUUCGCGGUCGAUGCACGCGGCCCAGAUGCACUACUCGACGGCCUAUCCGCCCAACUACUACGCUCCGUAUCCGGGCGAUGUCAUGUGCUACUCGCCGCCCACCUACCAGCCAGCGUACUUCUCCAGCAAAGUUUACCAGCCGCCGUCGCAUCCCGGCCAUCCGGCCGCCCAUCCGCAGGCCGUCGGACAUCCGCCGCCACCGCCGCCGCCGGGCGCCUAUCGCCGUUAUCCGUACUAUCAGCACGGCGGUCCGCCGCCGCCGCCGCACGAGCUCUACGAACAGCAGCCGCCGCCGCCGCCGCCGCCCGUCUCUGCAGCGGGAUCAGGAGUAUCUGGAGCCGCAGCACAGCAGCAGCCUUCAGCAGGAAGCUCAGCGGGAGCGGGAGGAGCAGGAGGAGGGGGAGCAGGAGCGGGUGGAGCACCCGCUGGCAGCCAGUUGGUGCCGGCGCAUCAGCAGCACCAGCAGCAGCAACAGCAGCAGCAGCACCUCGAGCACUAUCCCGGACCGCCGAGCUACUACGCCGGCUACAGUCCCGGCGGAGCGGCUUCGUCCGGCCAGUGCUACCCGCGCGGACUGCAGGGACCGUAUAUGGAGUAUCCGCCGCAGUGUCCCUGCCCAAUGCCUCAAUCGUGUCCAAAAAACGUCCAUACUGGGCCUCAUAUUGGUAGCAACAUCCUCAGCAACAUCGACCAGAGCAGCAGCAAGAACAGCAGCAACUGCAGCAGCAACAGUGGCAACAGCAGCAGCAGCAAUAUGUUGCUGAGUGCCACGAGCAGCAGCAGCGACAGCAGCAACUGCAACAGCAGCACUUUGACUGCCUGCAGCAGCGUUGCAACAACAACAACAGCAACGACAACGACGACGACGGCAGCGUCAACGUUGACUACCAGUAGAGGCCCAGUGAAAAAUGUGACCGAACCGAACGAGAGCAACAGCAACAGCAGCAGCAAGACCACCAGCAACACCAAUAAUAGUUGCAACAUUAGCAACAGCAGCAGCCAAACAACGGAGACAAUUUCGCGUGCAACGGCAGCCACGAAUACAACGAACACGACGGCAACCACGGCCACCACGGGCACCCAGUGCCAGAUGCUCGUGAAGACGGAGGAGCUGAAGGGGGAGAACCGGCCGGUGACCAAGAUGCAGUACGAGGCGCACGUGAUGCCGCCGCCAACGCCGCCGGAGAGCUACUGCGCCAGCGAUGAGAAGCUCCUCCUCGACGAGGAGCAGGAGCAGCAGGAGGCCGAACUGGAGCUCCGCCUCCGAUUGGGCUUGCAGCUGGAGAAGCAGCAGCAGCACCACCACCACCAGCACCACCAUCAGCACCACCAACAGCACAUCGAGGCCUACGAUCUCACCUGCAGCACACCGCCUCCGAUUUCGGCGCCACAGGCAACAGCAGUUGUGCCGCGAAAGGCGAGAAUCGGGAAGAGCAUGGCCAGGGAAAUGGUCUAUGCUGCCCAACAGCAGCAGCAGCAGCCGGAGAAGCAGCCGGAGAAGCAGCACUUGGAGGAGAAGCAGCACCUGCAGGAGAAGCAGCUGCAGCUGCUCGACGAGGAGGAGCCAAAGGUGGCUGCGGCCAAAUUGGAAGCACACCGGGAACAACCAGAGAUGCCUUUCGUACUUAAAGCGGAAAUCAAAGCAGAGACCAAAAUCAAAAUCGAACACGACGGGGAGGUGACUGGAGGCACUGCACCACAUAUCAGCCAAUUGUUGGACCUCAAGCCCACCAUCAAAACGGAGCCCGAACCCGAAAUCGAACCAGAACCCGAACCAGAAUCGAAUCUGGAAAGGGAAGCGGCACCGAUAGCACCUGUGGCCAAAACCGAACCGCAGCAGGAACCAAAUGAGCUGGAAAAACCGGGCGGCAGCAAGCAGCGCAUCAAUUUGCUUGCCUCUUCGAGUGGCAGCAAGAAAACGAAGACGAAGCACAGCUACAAGAGUCUGAUCAGGCAGGCGGAGCCCAAGAACUAUCUGUGUCCCGGUCGUCGGUUUGUGCGUCGACAUGGUCGUGCUCCGGCGAAGUACGCCAAGCGGCGACAGAUGAUCCUCACGCAGCGGCAGCAGCAGCGAAUGCGCCUGCAGUUGCAGCAGCGAAAGCAGCAACGCAAAGCGGCAGCAGCGGCGGCAGCAGCAGCUGCAGCAACCGAAGCUGCCACUUCUGCGGCGAGUGCCGCUCCCAUGGAGGUGGGCACGGAUAUCCAGGAGCAGAUCAGCAGUGCCGCCACGCCGAGUGCUUCGCCGAAGAGAGCGCGUCCGCGAAAGCAAGAGAUUGCCGCACUGCAUCUGCUCGAGGGUUGUGAUACCUCGAUGACCCGCGGUUACUUCAGUGAUCCCGAACUGAAUCACAGCAGUCGCAAGCAGGCGCCUGCCACGGUGGGUGGACUCUAUGCGGCAUCCUCACCGCUGACACAGGCAACCGCCAAGCAGCCGGUGGCCGGAAAGCGUUCCAAAUCGGAAACGAAGAAGCCACCGGCGGAAGUGGAGAGCCCGCUGCCCUGCAAGAAGCCACGCAAACAGGCGACUGCUGCUGCAGCGGGAAAAGCGAAAGCCAAGGGCAAGAAAUCCACGGGAGGAGGAGCGGCAGCUGCAGCAGGGGAGGAAACCAACCAGCGGGAUUCGGCGGCACUGGGAGCACCAUCGGCCAACCAGGAAACCAACAACAAUGAGUAUCAAACAGCUGACUUGCAGGCUCAAAAGUUCACCGAAGCAGCAGCUGCAGCAGCAGUGGCAAGUGCAACUGCCACGGCAACAUCCCCUCAGCAAGAGCAACAGCAACAGCAACAUUCCGAUGAGCAACAUCAGUUCCUGGUGCCCAUUGCUAUGACCACGAAUCCUGCGAAUCCCAACCAGCGUCAAAAUCCAACAACAACAACGACGACGACGACGACGACGACGACGCACACGAAACGCGCUCGAUCGCGUGGCAAGUUUGGGAAUCGCAAGCGGCAGAGGCAGCGACCAGGCGGCGUUAGCAACGAACUGGAUGUCACCCAACCGCCGGCGACCAAGGCGAAUGUGGUGCCCAAGUGGAACAACGGUUGGAUGUGGGCGGGCCAGGCCUUCCAGGGUGCCGUCUUUCUCAAUAGCGAUGAUCCCUUGGUGUUGCGCACUUGCUAUCCUGCCAUGCGGCAUGUCGAAGGCGAUAUCAUUCGCAUCCGGGACUGUGUGCUGCUGAAGGCCAACGAGGACAACGAGCUGCCCUACGUGGCCAAGGUGGCGCAUCUCUGGCAGAAUCCAGAAGAUGGUGAGAUGAUGAUGUCGCUUCUGUGGUACUAUCGACCGGAGCACACCGACCAGGGCAGGCAGCGCAACGAUUGCCCGGAUGAAGUGUACGCCUCGCGGCAUCGCGAUCACAAUUCGGUGGCCUGCGUGGAGGAUAAAUGCUAUGUGCUCACCUUCAGCGAAUAUUGCAGGUAUCGUCGUCGCCUGCGUGCCGCCGAAGAGGAUGUGGAGGAUAUAAGCAUUGUGCCAAGGCGGCCAAUAAGUGCCAGUGGUUCCAGCUGCCAUCCGGUGCGUACGGUGCCGGAGCACACGAAUCCGGAGCUGGUGAUGUUCUGCCGACGAGCCUACGAGUUCCGGACGCGACGCCUGCUCAAGUUGCCCCAGAAGAACGGACUGGUGUGCAACUCCAGCUAGCGCAAGGCAUCCUGAGCCAUCCCGCAUAGUAGUAGUCCACUGUUAAUCCAGCGGGUGUAGGAAUCGAGUGUAGGAAACAUUAGCUUAAAUUCGGUGGAGCGACGAGGGGGCGACUCCUGGAUGGGAAUGGAAUGGAAUGGACGAAGUGCCCUGGCAGAGGAUAAGGAAGGCGUAGAGAGAACGUUACAUUGUUUUGAUCAGUCUACAGUAUUGUUAAAGAUAUCUUUUUGUCUUUGUUGUUGAGCGAUAACUGCAAGUGGUGAAAAUCUGAAUUUUCGGCUGCGAUCGUUGUUCCUAACCAAAAUUUCGAUGGCGACCGUCGUUCGAUGUUCCCAAACAAAAAACAAACAAACAAACACACACAUAAACACUCGUUACCUCUGUUGGGGCAGGAAAAGAAGAAGAAGAAGGACACACACACACACAGGACACAUGGCUACACCCAGAAAAUAAAACAAACAAAAAAAAAAACACACACACACCAGACCAAAUUGUAGGCGAAAGCUUUUCACUUAGAUGCGAGAAUUUUGAGAGAUUUGAACAGAAGGGAGAAAGGAGAAAUGUAGGAAAGCAACUGCUAGGAGAAAGCAUUAAAUACUUUAAAUUGUAUUACAUAAUUUAUUUAUUCCCCCCCACACACACACACAAAAAAGAAACAAACCACACACAUGGAUAUUUUUGUUAUUAAGUUGUAUGUAUUUAUUAUCAUUAAUAUCGAGUUAGUCAACAUUCUGUGUACAGUUUUCCGUUCGUAAUUCGAAGUAUUUCAUGGAACCGCUCAACAAAAACAAAAAAGUGUUAUGUUCUUAAGUUUUUCCUAACUGUUUCACAGUAGUUAAAAAACAAGUGUAAAAGUGUUUCUAAACUAGGUGCGAUUUUAUCUCCUCUUUUUUUUGUUAAUUGGAUAAAAAUAAGAAAACCUAUUGAUGUAUUUUUUUUUUUUUUUAAAGUAAUACGAAUAAGAUAUUAGUUAGAUUUUGAAACCUUAAAAAAAAUCCUUGUCGCCAAAUUAAGUCUAACGACUUUAAAAUCUAAUGAGUUCCAUAAAAAAGAAAUCAGAUGGGAAAACUACAUUUUUUUUGGCGCCUUUCUCGUUUCACUUAUACUCAAAAUUGUAAAUGUCCUAUCUCCAUUUAGUCUAUAAAUCCAGAUGUAUGUAAGACCUUAAACCUAUUGAUGCUCAGGCAAAAAGAAGAAGUUUGCGCACAGACAGACCAACUUUAUAAUCUAUAAUUAUUAACUUCUCGAUUUGAGAUUUCUGGCUCCAGGAGCGGAAAACUGGAAGACUUGACAUCGAUUUUUGCUAGGCGCUGUUGGUAUAUUUUUUUAGUUGUUGUUAGUUUUUGUAAGCGAAGGAAAAAAACAAGCAUUGUGUACUAUUUAAUUUGACAAUUAUUUUUUGUUUUCGUUUUUAGUUUUGGAAAUUUGAUUUCAGAGAUAUUAUUUUCUGUUUACCUUUUUGUUUAGCUGCAAAACAGUUAGAAAGAAUCUUAAAAGAAAGAACAACAACAAGUCACAUUAUUAUAUUAUAUAUAAACUUAUAUAUAUAUAUAUAUACGUAGUUCUAUAUAAACAAAUAUCCUUAUCCUUAAAAGUAAAUUUUUUUUUAAAUCUUAAUUUAAUUUAGUUUUAGUGUUUUUAGUUAGUAAGUUGAUAUUGCUAAUAGUUUGUUUUAUACCAAAUACAAAAAAAAAACAUUAGGCGAUUCUAAGAAACCUAUUUAUGCACACCCAAACACACAUACAUCUAUGCACAAGUGUAUAGUCUUAAAAAAUAUAUAUCCAUAUAUAUAUUUGAAUUAUAUGUAUUAUUUUUUAAAC